CGACCAUGCCGCAAUUGAAUCAGUCACCUUCAAAUCCGGACAUUUCAUGAUCUCCUUUUGAUGUCUUGUCAUUCUAGGACCCCCGAGCCUCGCCACUGAGUUGGUAAUGCAAAUCCGUCUUGUCGUUUUCCUCUUUAAGCGAAAAUAAGUUGGCACCGUGUAGCUGUCGAUAUAAACCUACACAUUAGCCUUAUUUGACGAUACACUUGACCUCUAUCACUCUUAUCAUUGCGAGUAUCUAAGCAGAGUUCUCCGUCUGCGUCGCUGAAACCUAUCCUCUUGUCGACCAUGCAACUUUCGAUGACAGAUCGCGCAGAUCAACACGAGUCAUCAGCAAUUAAGAUCCCGACGCCGAAAUGGCGUGGCUUCAUUCGCAGAUUCGCUCCGUCGUGGUUUGCUAUCGUUAUGGGAACAGGAAUAAUCUCGAUCCUCCUCUACAAGCUCCCUUACAAUGGCGCCUGGCUUUACUGGAUAUCAGUAGCGAUUUUUGUCAUUACCAUCACCCUUUUCGCUAUCUUCUCCAUAAUUUCGGCUCUACGGUACCUCUGCUACCCGAUCCUUUGGCGCGCCAUGAUCACUCAUCCCGUUGAGUCUUUGUUCCUGGCGACGUUUCCCAUGAGCCUGGGCAUUAUAGCCCAAGGGAUCGUGAACAUUUGCGUACCCGCUUGGGGUUUCUGGGCUGCAACCCUGGCCUGGGUAUUGUGGUGGGUUGAGGUUGUGGCUUCGGUUGCGAUCUGCUUGUAUAUUCCGUUCAAUAUUAUGUCCAUACACAAGACCGACAUCGCAUCCGUGACACCUUUUUGGCUUCUACCUAUCGUCUCUACCAUAAUAUGUGCAGCCACUGGCGGCUUGGUUGCAGGCGCACUACCGAGUCCUACCCAUGCUCUCUGGACCCUAAUAGUCAGCUACGUCCUUUGGGGAAUCGGCAUCCCUCUCGCCCUCUUUACUCUUGUUCUCUACUAUCACCGCUUGACACUCCACAGCAUACCGCCACCUGCGGUUCUUUCUUCAAUAUUCCUGCCUUUGGGUCCCUUGGGAGAGGGCGGAUUCGGCAUCAUGCAGCUGGGUGCUGUAUCUCGAACCGUAUUCCCACUAACAAAGACUCUACCUCUUGCAUCAGAUGCAGGAGACAUCGUUUUUGUCUUCGCAAUCUUCACGGCGCUAUUAAUGUGGGGAUUCGGGCUUGCAUGGCUAUUCUGGGGAGCUAUGGCUUGUGCACGAACAAGACCACCGUUCAACAUGGGCUGGUGGAGUAUCGUCUUUGCGGUGGGUGUUUUCACGGGAUCUACAAUUACCUUAGGCGAAGAGAUGGGAUCAAGGUUCUUUGAAAUCCUUGGAACAGUCUGCACAGUCUUUCUCGUUCUGCUUUGGAUGGUAGUAUUUGCGUUCACCAUCCAUGGCACCAUUACUGGCGAUUUGCUUGUUUCUCCUAGCUUGAAGCAGCUCGAAGAUGAAAGCAGUGGAUUAUAACUAUGUAUCCUGGUGGAUUGACCCGAAUGACUCGUCUUGUCAAGAUAUAGACCACUCACAGAUAGAUAUACCUUCUUUCAAGAAAUUAUGAUUGAUUAGCUCUCAGGUACACCUCACCGCCAGCGACACAUAACCAUUGGGAAGAAAAAAGCAAUCGUUGGGUUUUCAAUAAAAGUCUG